GCCGCCGCUGACGCCAUCAUCCCGGCACCUGCCAACAUGGAAGGCGGCGACGGCGGCGUUGCUGGGGCUGGCCGUGGAGCUCCGGGCUGCGGAACGGCUGCAGCGACAGUCCGAGAGCUCCUGCAGGACGAGUGUUACAGUGAUUUUUUAAAUGAAGACUUUGAUGUAAAGACUUAUACUUCCCAAUCUAUUCAUCAAGCUGUGAUUGCUGAGCAACUAGCAAAACUUGCUCAAGGAAUCAGUCAGUUGGAUAAAGAACUACACCUACAGGUUGUUGCAAGACAUGAAGAUUUAUUGGCACAAGCAACUGGGAUUGAGUCUUUGGAAGGUGUUCUUCAGAUGAUGCAGACAAGAAUUGGGGCUUUACAGGGAGCUGUUGAUAGGAUGAAAGCAAAAAUUAUUGAGCCAUACAAUAAAAUAGUAGCCCGUACUGCUCAACUAGCAAGACUUCAGGUUGCCUGUGAUUUGCUUCGGAGAAUAAUUCGCAUCUUGUAUCUCAGUAAGAGACUCCAAGGACAAUUGCAGGGGGGAAGUAGAGAGAUAACAAAAGCUGCUCAGAGUCUCAAUGAACUUGAUUAUCUUUCUCAAGGAAUAGAUCUUUCUGGAAUUGAAGUAAUAGAAAAUGAUCUACUUUUUAUUGCAAGAGCUCGACUCGAAGUGGAAAAUCAAGCUAAGCGUCUACUAGAACAGGGUGUGGAGACUCAGAAUCCAACCCAGGUCGGAACAGCUCUUCAGGUUUUCCACAAUCUUGGAACUUUGAAGGAUACCAUUACCAGUGUCGUGGACGGAUACUGUGCUGCUGUAGAAGAAAAUAUCAGCAGUGCAUUAGACAUCAAAGUUCUGACUCAGCCUUCCCAGUCAGCUGUGAGAGGGGGACCUGGACGAUCUACCAUGCCAACCCCAGGAAACACUGCAGCGUUUCGUGCAUCCCUCUGGACCAAUUUGGAAAAACUUGUGGAUAAUAUCUAUACUGUGUGUGGACAGGUACAUCAUUUACAAAAAAUAUUAGCCAAGAAGAGAGAUCCUGUUUCUCACAUUUGUUUCAUUGAAGAAAUAGUUAAGGAUGGACAAUCUGAAAUACUAUACACAUUUUGGAACUCAGUUACUCAAGCACUUUCUUCUCAAUUUCAUACAGCAACAAAUUCUUCUAUGUUUUUGAAGCAGGCAUUUGAAGGAGAAUACCCUAAAUUGUUGCGUCUUUAUAAUGACUUAUGGAAGCGUCUUCAACAAUACAGCCAAAGUAUUCAAGGAACAUUUAAUUCAAGUGGAACUACAGACCUGUAUGCUGACGUGCAGUACAUGGAAGAUGACACACAAGAUGGAUUCUUACCCAAAAAGCCAGAUUAUGAUCCAGAAAAGGCUUUGAAAGACUCUCUGCAACCCUAUGAGGCUGCUUAUCUAUCAAAAUCUUUAUCUCGACUCUUUGAUCCCAUCAACUUGGUUUUUCCCCCUGGUGGUCGUAAUCCUCCUUCUGCUGAUGAACUUGAAGGUAUCAUUAAGACUAUAACAAGUGAACUGAAUGUAGCUGCUGUUGAUGCAAACCUCACAUUAGCGGUGUCAAAAAACGUGGCAAAGACCAUCCAGUUGUAUGGUGUAAAAUCAGAACAGCUGCUCUCCACACAAGGAGAUGCAAGUCAGGUGAUUGGACCUCUUACCGAAGGGCAGAGGAGAAAUGUGGCAGUAGUGAAUUCACUCUAUAAGUUGCACCAAUCGGUAACAAAGGUGGUUUCCAGUCAGAGCUCAUUCCCACCAGCAGCUGAGCAAACUAUAAUUUCAGCCCUAAAGGGGAUCCACGCUCUCAUGGGAAGUGCCGUGCAGCCCUUACUGACUUCGGUGGGAGAUGCUGUAGAGGCCAUAAUCAUCACCAUGCAUCAGGAAGAUUUUUCUGGAUCAUUACCCAGCUCAGGAAAGCCUGAUGUUCCCUGUUCUCUCUAUAUGAAGGAGCUUCAAGGUUUCAUUGCCAGAGUUAUGAGUGACUACUUUAAACACUUUGAAUGCGUGGAUUUUGUCUUUGACAACACUGAAGCUAUUGCCCGAAGAGCAAUUGAACUUUUUAUUCGCAAUGCCAGUCUCAUAAGACCUCUUGGUGAAGGUGGGAAAAUGCGCCUUGCUGCUGAUUUUGCACAGAUGGAGUUGGCUGUGGGUCCAUUCUGCAGAAGAGUAUCUGAUUUAGGAAAGUCCUACCGAAUGCUGAGGUCAUUCAGACCACUGCUCUUCCAGACAAGUGAACACGUGGCCAGCAGUCCUGCGCUGGGGGACAUUAUUCCAUUCAGUGUCGUCAUUCAGUUUUUGUUCACAAGAGCACCUUCUGAGCUGAAAUCCCCCUUCCAGAGGGCGGAAUGGUCCCACGCGCGCUUCUCCCAGUGGCUGGAUGAUCAUCCCUCUGAGAAGGACAGGCUCCUCCUCAUCAGGGGAGCCCUCGAAGCUUAUGUUCAAUCAGUAAGAAGCAGAGAAGGCAAAGAAUUUGCACCAGUUUAUCCCAUCAUGGUUCAGCUGCUUCAAAAAGCUACGUCUGCUCUUCAGUAAUAACGUGAAAUCUUUCCUUAUCUCCAUUUUGUGCUAACCUGAACAAGGCUGGCAAUUAAAUUGUAACUCAUACUUCUAGAAAACAGCUACUAUCUCCAAGUUUAAGACUGUAAUUGACUUUACUGUUUUUCUUACUGAUCGUUUUGUUUACCUCUUAAACUCUUCCACCUUAAGUAGCAUAAAAUGUCAAAAUUCAUCAACUUCAAACUCCAUGGACCUGAUCUUUCCAGAAGGACAGCCAACUCUUUUCUAUGAGGUGGGUUAAAAUUUCUUCCCAUCUCAUAGCAGAGUCCCCACUGCUUCUUAAGGGAUAUGAUCAAGUUUAUAGUAAAGAUGCUUUUUUAUCCUCACUGGAUAAAUGCACACAGCCUAGUGCUUUCCAUACUUGGCUGCACAUUAGAAUCACUGGUAGCUUUAUUAAAAAAAAAAACUUGAUGCCCAAUUUGUAUCUCAUAUUAACAUGCCUGGGGGUAGGAGCCAGGCAUUAGUAUUUAAAAAAAAAAAAGCAUUUACAGCAUGCAACAAAGUGUGGGAACCACUGUCCACCCAGAGCUAAGAUGUGCGGCUAAAUGUUUUCCACGUGUCAUACUGUAUCUUUACUAAGGGUAGAGCAAGGUUGUCUUUACACGGUGUCAUCUUAUUAAAAGCAGACUUUCUAAUGCAGAUGCCAAGAUAAAAAUUUUUACGAAGAUUCUUAUCAAUAGCUGAUAAUCUGGUUUCUUGUUAUUCUAUUGCUCUUGUUACUAACACUUUGGAUUUUUUUCUUUUAAACUCUUUGAAGUAUAGUUGAUUUACAAUGUUGUAUUAGUUUCUGGUGUACAUUAAUAUUUUGUUUUAUUGUUUAAGAAGUGGGUUGUGGGAUUUUUAUGUAUUUUCCCUCCCCUGAACUGUUACUCUGAUGACUCGUACAGAAAGUUCAGUCACAAUCAAUCGGCAGAAGUCAGAGAUAAACAAUUUUUUUUCAUUUUAUUUGAAAUAAUAUACAAGAAUAUAGUGUGCAAAAUUUAGGGGCAACAUCAUGAAGUGUAAUGAACUGAAAUCAAUUUUCCAGCUGUGAUUCUAACCAGGAACACCACUUGGUAAGUAACACGAAAAGCCAUGAUUGUAGCUCAGAGCAAAAGCAGCUGUAUUGCCAGUGUGUUUGCUCUCAUUGUAGACAGUUGGAGGAAAGUAAAGUGCAAGUGUUGCACUGGAAGUGCAAAGUCUGCCCCCACCAGAUAUACGAUGACAAAUACGAUAUUAAGAUACGUGGCUGAGGAGAUAUAGGACACAAAGUUAAAAAUACAAUGGUGUCAACUGUUAAUAGCACCAUUACAGUGACUAUAUCCCAAUGCUAUUAACUAACUUGACCUUGGCCUGGGCUGCCCACCGCAGUAAGGGAUGGGUGCUGCCACCCAGUGCCUCAGCUCAGCGUGCUCUGGGACCUGCAGCAGGUGGCGCUUAGGUGGGACCCUGACACCAUCCGCCUGCUCCGUGUUCUGGUCAUCUCUUGGCACUGGCCAGCCUGGGAGCCCCCGUGUUUGGCACAGACGCUGAGCCAGGCGGUGGCUGGUCAAGGAAAGGCCAGCUCCCAGCUUCUGCUUCAUUCCAUCUUGUGUACAAUACAGAUUAAUAAGCAGUAAGGAGCUAAUGUAUGAACAGCAGGUACAUAUUUUUAUACUCCCCUUUUGUACAAUUUAAAAUAAAACAUGUAUACACUUCUCCUUCCUCUUUCUACUGUACUUUAGCACCACAGGAUAUCAAUUUUCAAGCCUAUAUUACCUGAUAGACAUAUAUGAAGUUUGGAAGAAAAAUAAGGCAAUUUGGUUUACAAUGUUGAUAGUUUUAGCUUACUUAAUGCUCUAAUGGAGAAAGCAAAUCCUCACUCGUAUUAUUAAAUCAUUGCAAGACUCAAUGCUAUCAGUAUCUUACGGCCACACGCUCCAGGACGAAUCGUGAGACCUUGAUCUUCUUAAGUCUUUCCAUCAACAGUCAGUUUAUGUGAAUACAGACUUAAGAACAUAAGCAUCUUGGUUUAAUGUUGUUGGGAGCCCUGUGGAGAUAAAAAAUUAAAGCUCAGUGAAUGUUUACAAUACGUAGUAAUUCUACAAGUGAAAGCAAAGGUGGAUAAAUACAAUGUUUAUAACCUUACUAUUUAAAAAGACUGCCUUCUCAAAGGUGGUUUUUAAAAGUCUGCUAACAUCUGAUGGUUCAGGCAUCCGGAAAAUGUAUGAAAAUGAUGAGACAAGAGAGGUGGACUAGGAUGAGCAGGAAGGAUGGGGAUCCAGGCAAAGUCCUACUGCGUGGAAUCUGAAGGUAAUGGAGAACUUCAAAAAUCUAGUUCAGCCAUCCUCUUGUAUUGGAAUCUGACUACUUUUUAAAAAGAAAUUCUUAACACAGACGUGAACUGCAUGUUACUACACAGAAAUGGGCACAAAUACACAGAAUGAAUCGGCACAUCCUUGGCCCCCUCCUGCGAGGUGCUGAUGUCUUCCCUUUAUUUUUAAUGCUGUUUCACAUUGAGCUCAUUCUGUUCUGUCAUGUGAAGCUGUCUUGUAAUUAAUAGAAAACACUUAAAAGAUGCUACUCUACUAAUGGAAAAGCUCUAUCAAUCAAAUCUAUCCAAGAUUCUUAUUAUAGUGCGAACUUGUUUACCAGCCUUCCUAGGCCUUGCCAUUUUUUUCCUUCCUGAGGUUUUUUCAUCUAGAAAUUCUGUGCAGAUGUCAGAAGUCCCCAUGAAGGCUGGUCAGUUCACCCCAUGCCUCCUUCCUCCUCAACCCACCACCAAUUAAGAAAGGCUGCUGAGACAUCCUACCCCAAAUUAGAAAAUUUUUCUAUUGCGCUAUCGAGUUAAUAACAGCUAUCAACCUAACUAGAAAUACUACAUUCUAAAGUUCUCCACUUGAGCAUCUCCAGACGAACAUUGCUACUUUCCAUGUGAAAAGAGUGGCAUUAAUGAUGAAAAGAAAAGCAGUCCGCCUUAGAUGGUGCAAAAACAUGAUUAGGUUUUGAAAGUGUAAAGGCUGGGAAAUAGCAUCAACCGGCCUUUAAAGGCUUUAACAGCUGCUGCGAUGCACCAGGACAGCUGUGGAGAUAAGUCAGGACUGUUUUUGUUGAAACAUACCGAAUUGGUUCUUUUCCUUUUCCAACAGUCAGGAUUUAAACGCUUUUGUUCUUCAGCCAAUGCCUUCGCUUCUAAUGUAUACAUCCUUCUCUCUUCAUUCUUCAUUUUCUUCCACCUGUCACCAAGGAUCACACUUAUGGCUCUGUAAAGUAAAUAUUUACACUUGCUGAAGGCAAGAAUUUUUCAGAAAAGUCAUUUCAAGUGCUGCUAUUUCGGGAAGAAAUAGAAGUUGAAAGACAACAAUCUUGUCCAACAUAGAGAAAGGGAAAAGGUCAAGGCGACAGCAGUCAUUUCCAGUAAAGCCCCAAGUCAUGCGGUCCAUUCAUCACAACCUUGGCAGUUAAAGCCUCCGGGAAUAAGGCCAUUAUUUCCAAUUGUCAACGGACAUCUAAAAUGGCUAAAAACUGGUUAUUUUACACAGCUCAGAUUUGAAGAAAAAAGUUAAAUAUUUCAAAGAAAUGGUGUAAGUUAGUUAGGUCUAUCCUGAUACAUUGGUUUUGCAAAGCUGUUUAAGCCGUUACGGCAGGUAACAUUCAGUAUCAGCAGCACAAAGUAUUCACUACUAGAAGCUGUCCUUACUUGCUGGUUGCGCCCAUAACCCACCAAGUAGUCAUGGUACAGCUUUCUUCCUCCACGCAGCCCCAGUGAAAAUGCACACUUACUGUGCAUCUCCUAAGACAACACCAAAUAAACCUUAGGCAAUAUUUAUACUUAACACUUAAAGUCAAACUGGUCAGACGUGUGAUGACUAAUAGAUAUUUGAAACUAUUUCCUAUUUGUAUUUAUUCAUCUGCCCCAAACCUACUUAAAAUGUCUCAUCAAGGACAGGCAGACACAAACUGUUUUCCUUCUGUGAAGAGCACUUAACCCUUAAUUUCCUGACACUCAAUACGAAACAAGGUCUGGGAAGACUACAUGAAGUAUCUACAAGUGAUUUCAUGAUGACUGAUAUGGAAGCGAGAGAACAGGUAUCUGAGCUUUGGAAAAAGUCACCACAGAAGCUCUACUCUGUAAAAAGAAAUUAAAUAUAUAGUAAAUACAUGUAUUUUUUAAUCCAAAAAAGCUAAUGCAAUUAAACAUUGCAUUACAUGUUCUUUUAUUAAAAUAAGAACCAGUUUUUAUAAUCUCUGAGUUAAAGGUACCAUAUAAUGGUUGACACUUUUACUAGUUAAAUCGAGUAAGAAAUACAUAUGUAUCAAUUCCCAAGUUAAAGAUGCAUUUGGUUUAAGUCGCUUCUCUCUUUAAAAUGUAACUACUUGGGGUAGAAAAAAAAAAUGGGUGGAGGUAGUUAAAAGGUACAAACUCCCUGUUAAAAGUCCUGAGGAUGUAAUGUACAGCAGGGUGAGUACAGUGAAUCACCUGUAUGGCAUAUUUGAAAAUUGCUAAGAAAGUAGAUCUUAAAAGUUAUCACAAGAAAAAAAUUCAUAACUGUAUAGUGAUGGGUAUUAACCAGAGUUAUUACUGUGAUCAUUUCUUAAUAUAUACAAAUAUCAAAUGAUGUUGUACACCUGAAACUAAUGUCAUAUGUCAAUAUAUCUCAAGUGUGUGUAUAUAUAUUAAAAAUUAAGACCAUGACUCAUUCAAA